GCGCGGGAGGCCCCUUGCCUGCUCCCCUAGCCAAGGGGCUUGGACUGGUUCAGAGGGGGUGAAGGCAGCAGAUACCCGCCCUGCUCCCAGCCUGGGGCCGUCUGCUGCUUCUGCCUGUGUUGGGCAGUGCUGUCCUGUGCUAGCAUUUGGUGACACCGGUCUUGCCACUCACCAUCGCUGUCGGAGUUGACUGUGAGGCCGCAGCAGAAGUCCUUCUUUCUUGUAAAACUGACCUGCUCCCUUACCCCUCUCUCACAGCGCAGGAGAUGGCAGCCCCCAGUUGUUCUCGCUUGGUGAGCGUGAGCGCGCUCGGUCCCUCUGCCUGUCUCCACUCCUCUUCUCUUUGCAGAGCCAGUUCUUCAAGACCUUGCCCAGGGCCUGCACCACACAGGGAGCAGCACUGAAUGGGAUGCAGUUUUACUCCGGCCUGCAGGCAGAGGAUGGGCACUGGGCUGGUGACUACGGGGGGCCCCUCUUCCUCCUGCCAGGUCUCUUGAUCACCUGCCAUGUUGCCAAGAUCCCACUGCCAGAGGGUUACAAGGAGGAGAUGGUGCGCUACCUGCGCUCGGUGCAACUCCCAGACGGAGGAUGGGGAUUGCAUGUGGAAGAUAAAUCAACAGUGUUUGGCACAGCGCUCAAUUACACCUCUCUGAGGAUCCUGGGAGUUGGGCCAGAUGACCCUGACCUUGUGCGGGCUCGGAUCAACCUCCACAGCAAAGGUGGUGCUGUGGGAAUCCCUUCCUGGGGGAAGUUUUGGCUGGCUGUCUUGAAUGUUUACAGCUGGGAGGGAAUGAACACGCUAUUUCCUGAGAUGUGGCUGCUCCCUGCUUGGUUCCCGGCACAUCCUUCCACACUGUGGUGUCACUGCCGCCAGGUUUACCUUCCAAUGAGCUACUGUUAUGCUUCCCGACUGACUGCUGAAGAGGAUGAGCUGGUGCAGAGCCUCCGACAGGAGCUGUAUAUCCAGGACUACUCCAGCAUUGACUGGCCGGCCCAGAGGAACAAUGUGGCUGCCUGUGAUCUGUAUACCCCACACAGCUGGCUGCUGACAGUUGCCUAUGCCAUACUGAACUUGUAUGAAGCCCACCACAGCUAUCGCCUGCGCCAACGAGCCAUAGAUAAGCUGUAUGACCACAUCAAGGCUGAUGACCGGUUCACCAAAGCUAUCAGCAUUGGCCCGAUUUCCAAAACCAUUAACAUGCUGGUUCGCUGGUAUGUGGAGGGAUCAAGCUCCCUGGCUUUCCAGGAGCACGUCUCCAGAAUCCCAGAUUAUCUCUGGCUGGGACUUGAUGGCAUGAAGAUGCAGGGCACCAAUGGAUCCCAGCUCUGGGAUACAGCCUUUGCUAUCCAAGCCUUCCUGGAGGCUGGAGCCCAAGACAACCCAGAGUUCAGUUCUUGUCUAAGACAAGCCCAUGAGUUCCUCCGAAUCAGCCAGAUCCCGGACAAUCCACCUGACUACGAGAAGUACUAUCGCCAGAUGAACAAGGGCGGAUUUCCCUUUAGCACCCGGGAUUGUGGCUGGAUCGUGGCUGACUGCACUGCGGAGGGGCUGAAGUCAGUGAUGCUGCUGCAGGAGAAAUGCUCCUUCAUAACAGAGCAUGUCCCUCCCCAGCGCCUCUUUGAUGCUGUGAAUGUGUUGCUGAGCAUGAGAAACUCUGAUGGAGGCUUUGCCACGUAUGAAACCAAGCGGGGUGGCCGGCUGCUGGAGCUGCUGAACCCCUCAGAGGUGUUUGGGGACAUUAUGAUAGACUACACCUAUGUGGAGUGCACAUCAGCAGUCAUGCAGGCGCUGAAACACUUCCAUGAAGAGUUCCCUGAACACAGGGCACAGGAGAUCAGAGAGACGCUGUGGAAAGGGCUGGAGUAUUGUCGCCGGAUGCAGAGGUCUGACGGGUCGUGGGAAGGGAGCUGGGGGGUCUGUUUCACAUAUGGCACCUGGUUUGGUCUGGAGGCGUUGGCCUGCAUGCAGCACAUGUACCAUGACAGAACUGCGUGCAAGGAGGUGGCCCAGGCCUGCCAGUUCCUGGUCUCCAAGCAGAUGGAGGAUGGUGGCUGGGGAGAGGACUUUGAGUCCUGUGAGCAGCGUAGAUAUGUGCAGAGUGCCACAUCCCAGAUCCACAACACCUGCUGGGCCCUGCUGGGACUCAUGGCCGUCAGGUAUCCUGAUGUUGAGGUGCUGGAGAAGGGCAUCAAGCUUUUGAUGGACAAGCAGCUGCCCAAUGGUGACUGGCCUCAGGAGAACAUCGCUGGUGUGUUCAACAAGUCCUGUGCCAUCAGCUACACCUCCUACCGAAACGUCUUCCCCAUCUGGACAUUGGGGCGCUUCUCACGCCUGCACCCCAACAGCUCUCUGGCUGGCAAGUUGAAGCCUGGAUCCCUGGAUGGUACAGAGACGGUUCUGGCUGGAGGAAAGCUGAACCAGGGGGUUUCCUGCACCUGAGCUUGGGCCCUCAGCAAAUGUCCCAUCUCAGCAGUGACAGCCUAGAUGCCUACAGGUGUAAAUAUAGGAGGUGGUUAGGCCCUGGAGUGCUCUUCUACUGGUGAAUUCCACAAACUAAUUUUUCUUGUAGUCCUAGAUUGGUACCUACCUGUGUGUGGCUUUGGCUUCUUCACAGUCAGAUCCCCUGCUAAUUGGUGGUACGGGUCAUUCUUUAAUUUUGUUCCAGGAAUUCUUCUAUUCAAGGCUGCAUCUUUCAAGUAAAAGUAUCAGGACAGGCAGAAGUGCUUCACAGCUCCUUCAAACGCAGAUGUGCCCACAUUUUGG